AUGAAGAUCUCCGCCACGACGCUCAUCCUCGCCGCCGCCCUCGGUGUCUCGGCUCACCCCAGCGGCCAUCUACACCAGCAUCUCCACCGCUCCAAGACUUUCUUCAAGAGUGUGGGGCCGUCAAGCAAAGAAGUCAACUUCGUCGAUAACAACGCCCUCGGAGACAGCCAUGAUUCCCCCCCGGAACCUAGUUAUUCGGCCCCCGAGGAACCUCCGCCGUCAUACACCCCGCCAGCGAAGCCCUCUCCCAAGUACGAGCAACCAAGCUCUACCGGUUCCGACUCGGACGACGGCGAGGACAACGGUCAGGGCAUCAGCGACCCAGACGAGCUGUGUCAAGGCGGCAAGCAGAAGCGCGCGACCCUCGCAGAGAUUGCCGAGCCCGGCAACACUGGCGGCACCGGGGGUCAGUUCGGCUGCAACCUCAAGCCGGUCCCGUCUUCGUUUGUCAAGGAUUACCCAGACAAGUUCAAGUAUACAGUCAAGCUCAACAACGUCGGCAAAGACAGAAGGGACCAACAGUGCACCUGCUUUCUCAAGGUUGGCAAGGAGCUUAAGGUCAACGGCUCCUUCAAGGACGAAAAGCUCUUCAUGUUCAAGCUUGCCGCAGGCAACUGA